AUGACUAUAGCGGCCUCUCCCUUGAUUAAUGCCAUAUACAAGCCAAAACUCCGGUUCAAGCAGACCCAACUAAGGACUGUGCAGAAGCUAAGGUAUGAAGCAGAGUUUCGAGUUGCAGCUUGUGUCCACAAUGCUCACCAAGCCAUUGGCAUGAUCCGUGUUCUUGAAGCCACAAAUGCCAGCAGACUUUCCCCUUUAUAUGUGUCAGUCCUUCACCUUGUGGAACUCACUAGACACGGCACUGGUCUUCUUGUGGCCCAAAUGGACAAUCCAAAUGUUCAAGGGGGGUCAUCAGAGAGCCAGUAUGGAUCACAAGAAGAGUUUGAGACCAUAAACAAUGCAUUUACGGAGUUUGUUGAGGAAUACAAAGCAGUGAGAUUUGACACAUCAGGUAUUGUUGCAACCUAUGAAACAAUCCAUCAGGAUAUAUACAAUGUGACAGAAGAGAAACGUGCAAGCCUAAUUCUCCUUCCAUUCCACAAAGAACUAAACUCGGAAGGUGUGUUGGAAACAACCAACGAUGCAUUAGGUGACAUAAACAAGAAUGUGUUGCAGGAACCACCUUGUUCUGUGGGGAUCCUUGUGAACCGUGGACUCAGGCCAUUGUCUAAAACAACCAUGAACAUCAUUAUGGUCUUCAUCGGAGGGCUUGAUGAUCGUGAAGCCUUGUCAGUUGCAUGGAGAAUGGCAGCACAUUCAGCCACAAAGUUGCAUGUAAUUAGGCUUCUCAUAUCAGGCACUGAGGCUGCAGAAGAUAAGGCAUUCCACUGUGAUCCCAAUGGACUGUUAUCUACAGUGAUGGACAAUGUGAUGCAGAAAGAGUUGGAUGAUGAGCACAUAUUUCACUUCAGGCACAAAGCGUUGCACAACAACGACUCCAUCACAUACUCAGAGAAAGAAGUAAGGAUAGAAACUGGUGAGGAGAUUCCUUUGGUCCUCAAUGAGAUAGACAAACCACGGUGUGACUUGUACGUUUUGGGACAGGGGAGUGGCAACAAGUACACAAUUUUCCAAAGGUUGUUGGAAUGGUGUGACAACCCUGAACUUGGGGUCAUGGGGGACAUUGUAGCUUCAACCAGUUUUGGCACAAACUCCUCACUUCUUGUCGUGCAGCAAUACACCAUGGAAAGAAAGCCUAAAUCUCAUUGUCGCAGUAGAAAAUGUCACUCCAAGAAAGAUGAUAUUGACGUAUUGUGA